AUUAAUUAAAUAUAAAUAUUAUCUUUUGAUAUUAGAAAUUUUAUACAAAUGUGUAACAAAUUAGCACAUAAAUACAAGAAAAAAAAAAAUUAAAAAAUUUCAAAUAAGACCCGGCCCCAUUUAUUUAUCAGAUGGAUCUAACCCAUAUUAUAACUAUGGCGGGUCAUGGCAUUAAGAAGACCUCCAUUCCUACCUCUCUCAGUUAUUUCAUUGAAGCGCACUCAACGUUCUCCAUUGAAGCACAGUUGACGUUAUCCGACGAUGAAUCAAAUAUCCCCCAUUGAAGCAGCUUCUAAGGAGUAUAAAGAAAACAAAAGUUUGAAAGUGAAUCCGGAUUUUGUUGAUGAUGCUAAAAAUGAAGCACAAGUAGGAAAAAAGGGCCUGACUAAGCACAAGGGUAAACACGACAAGGACAAGCCAUGGGAUGACCCCAGUAUUGACCAUUGGAAAAUCGAAAAAUUCGACCCUUCUUGGAACGAAUCAGGCUUGCUCGAUGUCAGUUCUUUCUCUACUAUUUUCCCCCAAUAUCGAGAAAAAUACCUGCAAGAUGUUUGGCCAACGGUGAAGGCUGCAUUGCGCGAGCAUGGUAUUUCGUGUGAGCUUAAUUUGGUUGAAGGUACCAUGACUGUUUCAACAACUAGAAAGACCAGAGAUCCAUACAUUAUAGUGAAAUCAAGGGACCUUAUUAAACUUUUGUCAAGAAGUGUUCCGGCACCUCAGGCAAUCAAGAUACUCGAUGACGAAAUGCAAUGUGACAUUAUCAAGAUUGGUAAUCUUGUGAGAAAUAAGGCACGCUUUGUCAAAAGGAGACAACAUCUUCUAGGUCCCAAUAAUUCUACCUUGAAGGCACUUGAAAUCUUAACAGGCUGCUACAUCCUUGUCCAGGGAAACACAGUUGCAGCCAUGGGAUCUUUUAAAGGAUUGAAACAAGUGCGGAGAAUUGUAGAAGACUGCAUACAGAAUAAAAUGCAUCCAAUAUAUCAUAUCAAGAUUCUCAUGAUGAAGAGGGAACUUGCCAAGGAUCCCGCCCUUGCAACUGAGAACUGGGAAAGGUUUCUGCCACAGUUCAAGAAGAAGAAUGUUCAGAAAAAGAAAGGCAAGGGUAAGGAGAAGAAACCUUAUACUCCAUUCCCCCCUCCACAGCAGCCUAGUAAGAUUGACCAACAACUGGAAACUGGAGAGUACUUCUGGAGUGAGGAAAAGAAGUCAACAAAGAUGCGGCAAGAGAAGGAGGAGAAGCAGGCUGAGAAGACAGCUGAAAACAAACGAAAAAGAGAAGCUGCAUUUAUUCCACCUGAGGAACUUGUGAUGCAAGGGCAUAAUAGUGCAACAGAUGGUAAAGGUGAUGUCAGUUCCAUGGCACUAUCAUUGAAGCAAAAAUCAAAAGAAUUUAAAAAGCAGAAAUCUGCCAAUCAUGUGGAUCCUCAAGCAUAUAUCGCUGAAGCACCUGCUAAGAAGAAGAUCAAAAGCUCGAAAUCUUGACCCCUCAAGCAUAUAUUGCUGAAGCACCGGCAAAGAAGAAUAGAAGAUCAAAAGCUCCAAAUAUUGACUGGAGAAUCUUGGACUUACCAAUUGAGCAAGAACUCACUGUAUCAUAAUUUUCAACAAUCCAUAUUUGCCAAUUUUGAUGUAUUUGCCAAUUUUGAUGUUAGUGAAACUGAUUAUAUUAGGUUGAUAUGGAUUUCUAAUACCAUGAAGUUCAACAUAAUUUUAUCUUUUAAGCUAAUGUGUCUCAAAGCUUUGGGUUCAA